GAGCCGUGGCCAGGGCUCCGCGCCAAACCCGAGCCGUGACUGGAGACGCUCACAUCUUUUGCAAAGGCGACCUCAUCCUUCCGGUAGAGCCAUGGCAGGCGCUGUGCCGCUGAGCUACAUCCCCGGCCCUAGAGAAACUCUUUAUAUACUAGGAAUGUUAAUCAUUUGUCAGGUUGUGUCUGCCCCACGCUGUACCCACAGCUGUACCCACGCUGUGACUUUGCUUGUGAGUCACGCCCAACAAAGGGCCUGGAUGGCCACCCACUCGGGACCCCUCCGGAAGCCCAGGAGCCGCUUUUCUCUCCCUGUUCCAGUGAAACUCCCCCGACUUCCUCCUUUGCCCGGUGACUUCACCCCUGGAUGUUGUCAUCUCACAGCUCGGGUGGAUUUCUCCCGUGUCGGUGGGCGUUGUUGGCCACGCCGAGCGGCUGAGGGCUCGGUGCCUGCGUGGCCACCACCUGCGGCUCCACCAAGCCCGGAAACUGCAGACCUGUAUUUGGGGCUUAGGAACUGCAAGUGGGGAAACAGACUCAGCUUCCAGUCCGUGCCUUGCAGAAGGUGGUGUGCGUGUGCAUAUGAGUGUGAAUACAUGUGUGCGUGUGUGUGCGUCCACCGAGCAGGCAGUGCCGCUCUCACGAGGCCAGAGCGUCCUCGGGGACGCUUCUCUGGAGCUGAGGUCAGGGACUGUGUGACGUGGAGGAUAAAGAACCCACACACUUCGGAAGACCAUGCGCAGAACCAAAGCCUGUAACCCUCGAGCCAAACCCAGAGCUUCGGGACAGCCAGACGCCUGCGGGGGUCGCGUCCCAGGAGCCGCUGGAACCCCGAGCCUCCCUGGGGCCGCCUGACUCCAUCUCGAAAGCAUCAGUGCUGCCUCCACGGCAGUUUCCCUUCUGUUUCCGCACACGCUCAGCCCUCCCUUCAACGUGGAACACAGAAGAGAGCAAAACCCGAGGGCCUCCUGCACAGAAGCUGAAAUGGAGGUCUUCAGCGGAGGGCAGAGGAGCCCCGCGGGUCCCUUCGCGGGCUGGUUUCCUACGGAGCGACGGAUGGGGAAGAGCAAACGGAGAGGGCCCCGAGGCCUGGAGGGGAGCCGGGUGGCACCCAGGAUGCGACCGCCCUGGGACAGCAUGGCCCGCGGGGGCAGGGUACUGCUCUCUCUCAUCGAGGGUGGGGCUCGUCUAAUCCCAGGGGCUUUCCUGUAGCAGGAAACAUGUAACACGCCCUUGGGUUACACGAAA